CUCGGCCUUCUGCUCACUGAGCCGCCGGACGUGCCAGGAGGGUGUGCAGGGCUGUGCGGCGCACUGCAGCGGGGGACCCAGCGAGACGCCAGCGCAGCCCGCCGGAGCCCGAGCCCCAACCCCAGCCCCGCCAUGUUUCACCCCGCCGCGCCAGCCCCGGACCGGGCCCUGGAUGGCCCCCGGGACGCGCUCAAGAAGGAGCGGCUGCUCGAGGACCGCCACGACAGCGGCCUGGACUCCAUGAAAGACGAGGACUACGAGCAGAUGGUGAAGGAGCUGCAGGAGAUCCGCCUGGAGACGCAGACCGCGCCGAGCGGCGCCGAGCCCUGGAAGCAGCAGCUCACCGAGGACGGAGACUCGUUCCUGCACUUGGCCAUCAUCCAUGAAGAGAAGGCGUUGACCCUGGAAGUGGUCCGUCGGGUGAAAGGAGACUUGGCCUUCAUCAACUUCCAGAACAACCUCCAGCAGACUCCCCUCCACUUGGCUGUGAUCACCAGCCAGCCAGACAUUGCUGAGGCACUUCUGGAAGCUGGCUGUGAUCCAGAGCUCCGAGACUUUCGAGGAAAUACCCCCCUACACCUGGCCUGUGAGCAGGGCUGCCUGGCCAGCGUGGGUGUCCUGACUCAGUCUUCUGGGACCCAGCACCUCCAUUCCAUCCUGCAGGCCACCAACUACAACGGCCACACGUGUUUGCACUUAGCCUCAAUCCAUGGCUACCUGGGCAUUGUGGAGCUUUUGGUGUCCUUGGGUGCUGAUGUCAAUGCUCAGGAGCCCUGCAAUGGCCGAACUGCCCUCCACCUAGCGGUGGACCUGCAGAAUCCUGACCUGGUGGCUCUCCUGUUGAGAUGUGGUGCUGAUGUCAAUAAGGUCACCUACCAGGGCUACUCCCCAUACCAGCUCACCUGGGGCCGCCCCAACACACGGAUCCAGCAGCAGCUGGGUCAGCUCACCCUAGAAAACCUGCAGAUGCUGCCAGAGAGCGAGGACGAGGAAAGCUAUGACACAGAGUCCGAGUUCACGGAGGACGAGCUGCCCUACGAUGAUUGUGUCCUUGGAGGCCAGCGCCUGACGUUAUGAGCUUCAGAAAGCGACUGAAAGAACAUGGACUUUGUAUAUUUGUAAAAAAACAAAGUUUUAUUUUUCUAAGAAAAAAAAAAAAAGGAAAAAAAAAUCAGGGUGCACUUAAAACCACACUCCAUACUGUCUGGCCCAGAAUAUUUUUUUGUUGUGGAUUGGCCCUCUCAUUUUGUCAUUUUUGUGAACCUGGUGGGGAUGAGGCAAGAAAGAUCAUUGGGAUUCAAAGAACCUUGUGGAGAUUUGUGGAAAAGCCAUCAACAAUUAGUGAAAGGACUAAAAUUUAACUGUACUUUUCAAUGGAACCACCAUGGAAUUUAAGGCUGACUCCAUUUGAAUCCUGUGAUUUGUAACCAUUGGGUACAUGUACUUAAAACACUUUGGUGGUGUGGAGCUAAAAAUGUCAUUUAUGUGACCCUCCUGUAAAUGAUGUACAUAGUGUAUUUUGUUGGUAAUUAUUUUGGUACUUCUAAGAUGUAUAUUUAUUAAACAGAUUUUUAUGAACAGGA